GCUAGAAUACUUAUGGCCUCGGAUGGCCCGAUUUGUCAAGCAUUAGAGUGUCCUUAUUAAUGGCCAUCUCUUCCGUGGUUCUGUUUUGCCUUAUAUUCUUCACUCCAGGGCUGUUUGUAUCCAUAUCGAUUCCAAAACCAUCUGUAUUUGUCUCCAAGAGCGAUCGUUCAGUUCUCUACGAAGCGCAAAGAGACCUCUCGAGACGACAUCCCCGCACUCCUAAUCGCCGAAGCCCCGCAGGAAUCAUCACGCCUUCUAUCAAAUUACGGCUGUGACUCAACCAGGAAUAAAGAUAGUUAACUGGGACAUUCGCUGCUUCUGGCUCUUGCGGUAAAUCCUUGAAUUUGGGUCUUGAGGACCGGAACGGGGCGCAUCUUUUGUUAAGCUUUUUCUAUCCCUCCCUGCUUCAUCUUCCUUCCCUCCAACCUCUGCUGUGAAUACAUUGCCCGCCAUGCCUUCAUCCGACCAAAGUCUUCAAUUCGAUUCUAUCGAGGAUACGAUAGGUGCUUUCAAAAAUGGCGAGUUCAUAAUUGUUCUCGAUUCUCAAGAUCGCGAAAAUGAAGGCGAUCUUAUCAUUGCUGCGGAGUCGAUCACGGAUGCUCAGAUGGCUUUCCUGGUCCGACACACAAGCGGCCUAAUCUGUGCUCCUAUCACUCCCGAGAUCGCUGCCCAUCUCUCCCUCCCCCAGAUGGUAGUCGAAAAUGGCGACCCAAAGGGGACCGCAUACACGGUCUCCAUCGAUUCCAGCCACGCCUCUGUUACAACCGGUAUAUCCGCGCAGGACCGCGCUCUGACAUGCCGCACCCUGGCAGCGCCAAAUGCCACCGCUGCCGACUUCCGCAGACCCGGCCAUAUCCUACCACUCCAGGCUCGUAGUGGCGGUGUCCGUGUGAGAAAAGGCCACACCGAGGCUGCCGUUGAGUUCUGUCGUCUGGCGGGAAAGCGCCCGGCGGCUGUGAUCGCGGAAUUGGUAGAGGACGGCGAACAGACCGUGGGCGUCGCAGAGAUCCGGGGGAACAAUGGAAUGAUGCGCCGAGAUGGAUGUUUGAAGUUUGGAAAGAAGUGGGGGCUCAAGGUCUGUACCAUUGAGGAUCUGGUCGCGUAUCUUGAAAAAGUGGAGGGACCUGGUGUCCCUCCUGUUGCUAAUGGGAAGCAUUGAUACAUGGGUGUUCAGUGAGCUUCUCUCUCUUUAUUGUAUUCUUCCGCUUGUUUUCAUGAUGUCUAUGUGACAUGUAUUUUGUAUUGCAGCUUUUUUGGUGUUGUUUCCCUUGGUUUCCUUUUCUUGCGUUCUGUCUCUUUUUAUCUUUUUGGCAUCUGUACAAUUCACGAGAAAACUUAGAUGAGUCCGAAUGGUCUAGAUGUAUAUGAUAGAUAGAAUUGAAUAUGCUCAGGCAAUGAUUUCGAC